AUGGUGGAAAUGAAUACAGAAGCGCUGACCAACAGUCACAUCAGCCUCUUCAUUCUCUGUGUCCUCACUCUGGCAUCACCUCCUCUCCCCCUACCUUCAUAUCAGCACCUCCAUUCCCCCUCUCACUUCCCUUUCCUUCCCCCCCUGUCGUCUCAACCGUCCCCCACUCGCAGCACCUCGCUUCCCCAUCUCACAUCGUUGCAUUGCCCCUGCCAGCCCUUCCCUCAUCCGACACCGCAUUUUUCCUCCCGCACCACCCUUCCCGCCUCCCUUCCCCCUCUCCCGCCUCCCUUCCCCUUCUCACAGCACCUCCUCACCCUUCCAAGGGGUCACUUCCACCCGGCCCGGGGUCAUCAACUCCCUUCCACCUUCCUAUGCACUUUUCUCACCUCAGUUUACCCCUCUGACAGCACCUCUUGCCCCCCGAGCCAGCACCUUCUCUCCCGUCUCUCAGCACUUCCCUUCCCCCUCCGACCUCACCCUCAUUUCCCCCUCCCCUCACCUCCCAUCCCACCUCUGACCUUACCUCUAUUGCCCCUUCCAUCACCUAUCUUCCAUCACUCACCUCCGCUCCCUUCCCCCUCCCAAAGCACUAAUCCUUCCCCUCUAACCUCACCUCCCUUCCUCCUCUCAUCUCUCCUCCCUCCCACCCUCCAUAAGCACCACCUCCCUAACCCACCCCAACACCGCCUAACUCCCCCCGGCCAGCACCGCCCUUCCCCACCUCGCAGCACCUCCCUUCCCCAUCUCGCAGAACCUCCCUUCCCCCUCUCAUACACCUCCCUUCCCCUCUCACAGGACCUCUGUCCUCUCCUCCUUCCCCCUCUCAGUGCACCUUCUCCCCCCCUCUGUCCUCUCCUCCUUCCCCCUCUCAGUGCACAUUCUCCCCCCCCUCUGUCCUCUCCUCCUUCCCCCUCUCAGUGCACAGUCUCCCCAUCUCUGUCCUCUCCUCAUCCCCCCUCUAAGUGCACUUUCUCCCCACCUCUGUCCUCUCCUCCUCCCCCCUCUCAACGCACCCUCUCCCCCCCCCCUGUCCUCUCCACCUUCCCCCUCUCAGUGCACCUUCUCCCCCACCUCUGCCCUCUCCUUCUUUCCCCUAUCGGAGCACCUUCCUUCCCCCCUCUGUCGUCGCACAUUCUUUCCCCCCUCUGUCCUCGCCCUCUGUCCCCUAUCGGAGCACCUACCAUCCCCCCUCUGCCCUCUCCUUCUUUCCCCUAUUGGAGCAACUUCCUUCCCCCCUCUGUCCUCGCCUUCUCCCCCCCUCUGUCCUCUCAUCCUUCCCCCUCUCAGUGCACCUUCUCCCCAUCUCUGUCCUCUCCUCAUUCCCCAUCUAAGUGCACUUUCUCCCCACCUCUGUCCUCUCCUCCUUCCCCCUCUCAACGCACCUUCCCCCCCCCUCCGUCCUCUCCGCCUUCCCCCUCUCAGAGCAGGCGCUAUACGCGUGUGUGGGUGUUUUGCGCGCGGCAGUUUUGUAGGCGCGUGGUGCCUACUGACGUGGUUGCGCUUUUGAGAAAGGGGGUUCGUUGCAUUACUGUGGUUUGGGCGCUGAUGUUUAGUAGGCUCAUGGCUAAUGCUGCCGGUGCGCGCGCAUAUGCCUCGGUGGCGCGUGAAAUUACAGUCGCAUGCGCGCUGAUGCUAAAGAGGCGCCAGAUGCCUACAGCGGGGCGCACUCAGCUGCUUGCGGUGUGCGCGCUGCUUACAGCUGGGUGCGCGACCCUUAGGGGGAGGUGUCCGCGCGCUCACCGGCAGCCUACACGCCUUUCACGCGUCACUCAUUUGGCCUAUUUCCUUACGGCGAGCACCUCCCUUCCCCCUCUAACAGCAACUCCCAACCCUACUCACACAUCACCUCUUUCACCCUCUCACAGCACCUCCUUUCACCCUCUCACAGCACCUCCCUUCCCCCACCCUCCUCACAUCGCUUCCCCCACCCAUUCCCCCUCUCACAGCACCUCCCUUCCCCCACCCAUCUCACCUCCCUUCCCCCUCUCUAGUAGAACCUCCCUUCCCCCUCUAACAGCACCUCCCUUCCCCCACCCACAGCAUCUCCCUUCCCCCUCUCACAGCUCCUACCUUCCCCCACCCACAGCAUCUCCCUUCCCCCACCCACAGCAUCUCCCUUCCCCCUCUCACAGCUCCUCCCUUCCGCCACCCACAGCAUCUCCCUUCCCCCUCUCACAGCUCCUACCUUCCCCCUCUCACAGCUCCUCCCUUCCCCCUCUCACAGCACCUCCCUUCCCCCUCUCACAGCUCCUACCUUCCCCCACCCACAGCAUCUCCCUUCCCCCACCCACAGCAUCUCCCUUCCCCCUCUCACAGCUCCUCCCUUCCCCCACCCACAGCAUCUCCCUUCCCCCUCUCACAGCUCCUACCUUCCCCUUCUCACAGCUCCUCCCUUCCCCCUCUCACAGCUCCUCCCUUCCCCCUCUCACAGCUCCUCCCUUCCCCAUCUCACAGCACCUCCCUUCCCCCACCCACAGCAUCUCCCUUCCCCCACCCACAGCAUCUCCCUUCCCCCUCUCACAGCUCCUCCCUUCCCCCACCCACAGCAUCUCCCUUCCCCCUCUCACAGCUCCUACCUUCCCCUUCUCACAGCUCCUCCCUUCCCCCUCUCACAGCUCCUACCUUCCCCCUCUCACAGCUCCUCCCUUCCCCAUCUCACAGCACCUCCCUUCCCCCACCCACAGCAUCUCCCUUUCCCCACCCACAGCAUCUCCCUUCCCCUUUUCACAGCUCCUCCCUUCCCCCUCUCACAGCACCUCCCUUCCCCCUCUCACAGCUCCUACCUUCCCCCUCUCACAGCUCCUCCCUUCCCCAUCUCACAGCACCUCCCUUCCGCCACCCACAGCAUCUCCCUCCCCCCACCCACAGCAUCUCCCUUCCCCCUCUCACAGCUCCUACCUUCCCCCUCUCACAGCUCCUCCCUUCCCCCUCUCACAGCUCCUCCCUUCCCCCUCUCACAGCACCUUCCUUCCCCCACCCACAGCAUCUCCCUUCCCCCACCCACAGCAUCUCCCUUCCCCCUCUCACAGCUCCUCCCUUCCCCCACCCACAGCAUCUCCCUUCCCCCUCUCACAGCUCCUACCUUCCCCCUCUCACAGCUCCUCCCUUCCCCAUCUCACAGCACCUCCCUUCCGCCACCCACAGCAUCUCCCUUCCCCCACCCACAGCAUCUCCCUUCCCCCUCUCACAGCUCCUCCCUUCCCCCUCUCACAGCACCUCCCUUCCCCCACCCACAGCAUCUCCCUUCCCCCGCUCACAGCUCCUACCUUCCCCCUCUCACAGCUCCUCCCUUCUCACUCUCACAGCACCUCCCUUCCUCCAUUCCGCCUCUCAUUCCGCCUCCCACGCGGCCUCUCCUUCCGCCUCUCCUUCCGCAUCUCAAGCCGCCUCUCAUUUCGCCUCUCAUUUCGCUUCUCAUUCCGCCUUCAAUUCCGCCUCUCAUUCCGCCUUCUAUUCCGCCUCUCAUUCCGCCUUCUAUUCCGCCUCUCAGUACGCCUCUCGUUACGCCUUUCAUUUCGUCUCUCAUUCCGCAUCUCAUUCCGCCUCUCCUUCCGCCUCUCAUUCCCCCUCUCACGUAUCUCUCAUUCCGCCUCUCUUUCCGCCUCUCAUUCCGCCUCUCAUUCCCCCUCUCAUUCCGCCUCUCAUUCCGACUCGCAGGCCGACUCUAAUUCCGCAUUUCAGAAAGCCUCGCAUUCCGCCUCUAAUUCCGCCUCUACUUCCGCAUCUCACGUCGCCUCUCAUUCCGCCUCUCAUUCCGCCUCUCACGCCGUCUCUCAUUACGCCUGUCAUUACGCCUCUCAUUACUCCUUUCAUUUCGCCUCCCAUUACGCCCACCAAUACGCCUCUCAUUAG